GAGAAGGAGGUGGGAACGCAGUGAAGCAAGAGCGGUCAGCAGAGCGGGGAGGCGAACUGCAGCAGAGUUCUUGCUUUCCGGCAGGUGAUGGCGCCCCCCGCGGCCUAGAGGUCCAGCGCCCGCCGCGAGCAGCGGACAGUCCUGUUGUGUCCGACCGAGAGUCUUGGUGACUUUGAACAUGCUGGUGCCGCUAGCCAAGCUGUCCUGCCCCGCAUAUCAGUGCUUUCAUGCCUUAAAAAUUAAGAAAAAGUAUCUACCUCUGUGUGCUACAAGAUGGUCUUCAACUUCUACUGUGCCUCGAAUUACUACCCAUUAUACUAUUUAUCCCCGGGAUAAGGACAAGAGAUGGGAAGGAGUGAACAUGGAAAGGUUUGCAGAAGAAGCGGAUGUUGUAAUAGUUGGUGCAGGCCCUGCAGGGCUCUCUGCAGCUGUUCGUCUAAAACAGUUGGCUGCGGCACAUGAAAAGGAUAUCCGUGUGUGUCUAGUGGAGAAAGCUGCCCAGAUAGGAGCUCAUACUCUCUCAGGGGCUUGCCUUGAUCCAGCUGCUUUUAAAGAACUCUUCCCAGACUGGAAAGAGAAGGGAGCUCCACUUAACACUCCUGUAACAGAAGACAGAUUUGGAAUUUUAACAGAGAAAUACAGAAUUCCUGUGCCAAUUCUUCCAGGGCUUCCAAUGAAUAAUCAUGGCAAUUACAUUGUACGCUUGGGACAUUUAGUGAGCUGGAUGGGCGAACAAGCAGAAGCCCUUGGUGUUGAAGUAUACCCUGGUUAUGCAGCUGCUGAGGUCCUUUUUCAUGACGAUGGUAGUGUAAAAGGAAUUGCCACUAACGAUGUAGGGAUACAAAAGGAUGGUGCACCAAAGGCAACAUUUGAGAGAGGGCUAGAACUACAUGCUAAAGUCACAAUUUUUGCAGAAGGUUGCCACGGACAUCUAGCCAAGCAACUAUAUAAGAAGUUUGAUUUGAGAGCCAAUUGUGAACCUCAGACCUAUGGGAUUGGACUGAAGGAGUUAUGGGUUAUUGAUAGAAAGAACUGGAAACCUGGAAGAGUAGAUCACACAGUUGUUGGCCCUUGGACGGACAUCACUAUGGAUGGAUCUUUUCCUCUUAAUCCAUAUUGUUUUAAGGUUGGUCUAGACUAUCAGAAUCCAUACCUGAGUCCAUUUAGAGAAUUCCAGAGGUGGAAACACCAUCCUAGCAUUCGGCCAACCUUGGAAGGUGGAAAAAGGAUUGCAUACGGAGCCAGAGCUCUCAAUGAAGGUGGCUUUCAGCUGACUAUACCAAAACUCACCUUCCCUAGUGGGUUUCUAAUUACUUGUAGCCCUAGUUUAAUGAAUGUCCCAAACAAGAAAGGACUCCAUGUAACUGAAUAUGAAGACAAUUUGAAGAACUCCUGGGUAUGGAAAGAGCUAUAUUCUGUUAGAAAUAUAAGACCGUCUUGCCACGGAGUACUGGGUGUAUAUGGAGGGAUGAUUUACACUGGAAUCUUUUACUGGAUAUUGAGAGGAAUGGAGCCAUGGACUCUGAAACAUAAAGGUUCUGACUUUGAACGGCUCAAGCCAGCCAAGGAUUGUACACCUAUUGAGUAUCCAAAACCCGAUGGACAGAUUAGUUUUGACCUCUUGUCAUCUGUGGCUCUGAGUGGUACUAAUCAUGAACAUGACCAGCCGGCACAUUUAACCUUAAGGGAUGACAGUAUACCUGUAAAUAGAAAUCUGUCGAUAUAUGAUGGGCCCGAGCAGCGAUUCUGUCCUGCAGGAGUUUAUGAAUUUGUACCUGUGGAACAAGGUGAUGGAUUUCAGUUACAGAUAAAUGCUCAGAACUGUGUGCACUGUAAAACAUGUGAUAUUAAAGAUCCAAGUCAGAAUAUUAACUGGGUGGUACCUGAAGGUGGAGGAGGACCUGCUUACAAUGGAAUGUAAACUGCAGCUAACCAGUUUCUUUAAAGUAUGGCAAGCUAACUUUAAAAUGUUUAGAGAUUAACAGAUGUCAAAAUGUCUUUCUGCAUAGUACUGAACAGAAUAUACACAGAAUGAUUAUGAAAUAAAAAUUUUAUACUAUGUC